CAUCUAUAAGCCAAAGAGGAAACUCUGGCUGGGGCAGUGCGCGGAGCUCCGGCAGUUCGUGGGGAGCGGCGGCCGGAACGGCAGCGCCGGUGGCGGCUACGGCGGGAGCAGCACAACAGGCAAAAUACAAUAGAGGCAACAACAGGAGGGAGCCCGUGGUCCUCUCCCGUAAACAUACUCCCCUCCGCCGCCGCCUCCCCCUCGGCACCGCGCGCGGUGCUGCCUGGUGCCCGAGGCGGCUCGGACUGCUAUGUAACCGCGAGACUGCGGGAGGAAGGGGACUGGGGAGUAGAGGUCCGCCUGUGGGAGGCCGUGGGGGCCAAGUUUGCGGCCACUUCUGCACUCGUUUCCCUUAGCCCCCGCCUGCCCCCUCCUGCAGCCCAGCUGUCCUUCGCCUCCUCGCGUGCCCAGCGACCAUGGUGACGGUGGAGGAGCUGCGGGAGAUGGACUGCAGCGUGCUCAAAAGGCUGAUGAACCGGGAAGAGAACAGCGGCGGCGCGGGCGGCAGCCACGGCGCCGUGGGGCUGCUGAGCGGCGGCAAGUGCCUGCUGCUGGACUGCAGACCGUUCCUGGCGCACAGCGCGGGCUACAUCCGAGGCUCGGUCAACGUGCGCUGCAACACCAUCGUGCGGCGGCGGGCCAAGGGCUCUGUGAGCCUGGAGCAGAUCCUGCCCGCUGAGGAGGUGCGCGCCCGCCUGCGCUCCGGCCUCUACUCCGCGGUCAUCGUCUACGACGAGCGCAGUCCGCGCGCUGAGAGCCUCCGCGAAGACAGCACCGUGUCGCUGGUAGUGCAGGCGCUGCGCCGCAACGCCGAGCGCACCGACAUCUGCCUGCUCAAAGGUGGCUAUGAGAGGUUUUCCUCCGAGUACCCAGAAUUCUGUUCCAAAACCAAGGCCCUGGCAGCCCUCCCACCUGCUCUGCCCCCCAGCACUGCGGAAUCUCUGGACGUAGGCUGCAGCUCCUGUGGAACCCCACUGCACGACCAGGGGGGUCCCGUGGAGAUCCUUCCCUUCCUCUACCUUGGCAGUGCUUACCACGCCGCCCGGAGGGACAUGCUGGACACCCUGGGGAUCACGGCCCUGCUGAACGUCUCCUCUGACUGCCCAAACCACUUUGAAGGACACUAUCAGUACAAGUGCAUCCCGGUGGAAGACAACCACAAGGCGGACAUCAGCUCCUGGUUCAUGGAGGCCAUCGAGUACAUCGAUGCGGUGAAGGACUGCCGCGGCCGGGUGCUGGUGCACUGCCAGGCGGGCAUCUCGCGCUCGGCCACCAUCUGCCUGGCCUACCUGAUGAUGAAGAAGCGGGUGAGGCUGGAGGAGGCCUUCGAGUUCGUCAAGCAGCGGCGGAGCAUCAUCUCGCCCAACUUCAGCUUCAUGGGGCAGCUGCUGCAGUUCGAGUCGCAGGUGCUGGCCACGUCCUGUGCCGCCGAGGCCGCCAGCCCCUCCGGGCCGCUGCGGGAGCGCGGCAAGGCCACGCCCACCCCCACGUCGCAGUUUGUCUUCAGCUUCCCGGUGUCGGUGGGCGUGCACGCGGCCCCCAGCAGCCUGCCCUACCUGCACAGCCCCAUCACCACCUCCCCGAGCUGCUAGGGCCGCGGGGAGCCCCGCCCCGGACCCUGCCGCCGCCGCAGGCUCCCUGCGGGGUGGGGCUCGCGGGGACUGAGGGCGCGGGAGCCGGCGACCGGGCUCCCCCCACCCCUCCUCCGGGCCGGCUGGAAUGGCAAUAAGGACUGCGAACACACCUUAGGCGCAAACAGAACACUCCAACCUAGAGCAAUAACGGCUGCCUCCGCGGGCAGGGAAGACUUCGGUUUGGUUGUGUGUCCGUGUUACUUUUCAGAUAGGAAUUUCUUACCUCAUUUUUUUAAGCAGUAAGGCUUGGAGUUAUGAAACCCACAGAUCCUGGCAAAUGUGCCCGCCCAGUUUUAUUAAGGGGGGCGCGGGGGGAAGGGACAAAAAGAAAACAAGUUUGCCGGAAGUGCCUGGUUCUGUGUGCUUCCUUCUUUUCUUUUGUUCUUGUAACAGGUUUUGGUUUUGUUUUUUUAAGAAAUCUUCCAGGAUGUGGUUUUCCUUUCGAAAUCACCGACAGGUGGAUAAUGAUGCUUAAUAAUAAAUAAAGGUAUUUAUUAAGAAUUUCCUCAGCGUAUGCAAGUGCAAGGAGCCCAGUGAGGGUGCAUUUAGGACACAUGUAUGUCCGCGCCCCGCCGCGGAGCCUGAGGGCCUGCAAAGGUCCAGGCCGCUAGGAGCUGCGCGGUAUCUCCCAGGUACGGACCGGGUAGCAUGAGGGUCAGCUCGCACUGGUUGCGACCAAGAAGUAAGCAGGCUGGGGGGGCAGGAGGAGGAAAGGAAGGACUACUUUCUGAUUCCUUUUGAAGCUGGUUCCUGGGCACAGGGAACGCGAAAGCGGCUCUAGGUCCCCGCGAUAGUAACCUUUUCUUAGGAUCAGUAAUUCGUUCGGCGGCGGGAUUGGCAUCUCUCCCCUGAAGUGAUUUCUCACAGAUCUGCUGGAAGACUUGUCUAUCAUCUGUGAUAAAUGCCGCAUCGUUAAAGGUGCUCCUGGAAUAUUGGGUGCCAUUGAGAUUGUCUUACGUGGGAGUCCUACAGUUGGGUGCCGUUGAGAUUGCCUUACGUGGAGCGAGGCCCUUGGGGCGAGCAGCUAACUAGAGAUGGACCUGGCGUGAAGGGAUGGGAAGCACCAUCUCUUCUCUUCUGCAUAGAUCUGCGGUUUUCAUUUUAGAGGGUUUGCCUUUUUGGAGGGCAGUAGAGCAACAAGUUCUUGGCUUCUUAAAAUUCCAGGUUUAGGUAACUCAUUUUUCCAGGCCCUUAUUUGAAUAGGAAGAGGGGAGUGAACACCAUGUUUGAGGUCUAGAAUGGAAGAGGGCAUGAGUAAAGGAGCUGGCUAGACCCUCCGCUUGGGAGCUGGCUGCUCGGCUUCUAUCCUGGGCACUGUGGGCACGCAGGUGCCAUUUUGGAAUCCUUUCUUGGGCUAAUGCCAUUUUAAGGGGCCUCUCCAAAUGGAGAUAAGGCUUUUGGAGGGAGAAGGAUGUUUUCUGUGGGUUGGGCUUGGGGGGAGGGAGGAGGGAAGCUACAUGUGACUUCAUUUGUCGUAGUGUGGAACCGUGUUGUUACGGAGUGCCAGCUCACAGGUGUUUGCAAGCUUGUCUAGAAAUGAGAGCAUGUUUGGUCUUUGGUUUUUUUUGUUUGGUCGGUUUUGGUUUUCUUUUUAGCCCCUUGUGAGUCUCGAUCUAAAUGAACGUUCUUGCUCAUCCAUAAAUAACUUCAAGCCUCAGUGUCAGAAUAGCAUUGGAAUUCUCUUUUCUCCUGGCAUCCCAGACAGGACCAGGUUCAUAACAUUUCCUUCCAUAAACAUGAACCUGCGUUGGCCUCACUCACCCUGCCUUUGUCAAGCCCUGUCUUUGGGGGAGGCCAGAGUUCCCGCUUCCCUGUUUUUUGAAAAGCCAGAGGCUCCCUCCGUCCCUGGGAGCUGCUUGGCUGAAUAGGUAGGGGUGAGGUGAGGGGUUGGGGUCCUUGGACAAUGGACUUAUUUAGAGAUGGCAUAGUUGGCUGUUCCCACUUUUUCCUUGAUUCCUGGAACUUGCUCUGUGUUUUGUGAUGAGUGAGGUCCAGUGAGUUCUGCAGCUUUGAGAGCUAUGGAUUCCAACAGCCAAUAGACCUGGGGGGUGGGGCAGCCUGUGGCAGGGGAGGGAAAGUCACCUGGAACAGACUCACUUUCUAUAGAACCAGUGUACAUUUGCCAAAACCUACGUAUCGUGCUUUCCCGGACUGGAUUCCAACCACACGGACAGUUGGAGCUUGGGACCAGCCCCAGACAUAUCUUUCCCCCUGCUUUCCAAUUCAAGUCUUCUGUCACCAUGUCAAAUUGUUAUUUAUAAAGCCAUUUUCUUUGUACUUAAUAACAGGCUGAGUCCCAGAACUCUGGGAGAUAAAAUAGGAAAUUGGCUUGAUCAGAAAAGGGGAUUUUUUUUUUUUGGUCAUAAUUCUGCCAUCAAGAAGCCUCUUUGAUGACUCGAAAUAACUCUAUAAUGAAGACACCACCACAGGGUCAGCUCAAAUGGCCAGGUGGAUUUCAAUUGGCAUCUCUCCCAUGAAGUGAUUUCUGGUGAUGCAAAAUUUCUGUAAUGGCCAGAAAACCUUGCCACUUUCACUGAUCUGUCAACAGUGCUGUUGGCUACCUUGGAUCUCUAGCGACCAAGGGAUGCGGUCGGCUCCCUCCUGGAAUCUUGUGUUGACCCAAGGUUGUUUAUGGAGCACUAAGGGUAACGGACUUGACUUUCCCAUGGAGAAGUAUUAGGCUGAAGCCGUUUUGCUCAGGUGCUCAAUCCAGCUGGAUUCCAGAGUUUUCGACAAGGUUGGGAAGCCAUGAGAAAAUUUUUACAAAUCUGCAGGAAAGUGGACAGAAAGGAGGUAGGAUGGUCGAUUCGGGUGGGAGUUGGCCACCGAGCCCGGAGUAUUAAAGCAGUGGUUCACCUUGGCUGUCCAUUGACAUCAACUAGGGAGUUUUGAAAACCUUGCUACCAGGCUAUCCCAGAGCAAUUAAACCAGGAUUUCUGGAGCUGGAACCCAGGCGUCUGUAUGUUUCAAAGCUCCCCAGGUGCUUUCCACAUGCGGCCAAGGUGGGGGAAACCGCCUUGCUUUCUGGAGGGCAAGGUGCUGUUGGAGGCGGGUCUUAAUGACACAGAACUAGCUGGUCUCUCAGAAACCACAGCCAGGGGUUUGUCACUGUCUCGGCAGGUUCCUGCUGCCAGUUCCAGCCCUGCGGAGGGACAAGAUGGGUUCUCUCAGGAGCUCAAGGAGCAUGCGACCUCCUGAACGGGGCACCUUUCAUGCUCCUUGAAGGGCAGCUGAUCUGUGGAACAUUGUUAGGCACCUGAAUACAGUGUCUGGAUGUUGGGGUUUUUGCUUAAAUGUUCCUUGUCUAGCAAGAAAGAUAUGGGGAGUUUCACCUCUUAAAAGUACCCCCGUCCCCCAGGAGCACCCUGCCCGUCCUUAGAGCUUAUGAGUCAUAUGAGGAAGAGGCUUCUUCAAGACAGAGCAAUGCAAUACUUGUAACUUUUGUAAAUAGUCGCAUCUUUCAGAGUGAUGUCAUUUCUACGUUUGAUAUGCUCGUAUUUCUGUAGGAUGUAUAUAGUUUAGGGGAUUUUUUGGUUUGGUUUUGUUUUUUAGAGGAAUCGACAUGUCUUUUUAUUUAUUGCUUGAAAAAGAUCAUUUGAAGAAAAAUAAAUACGUUUUCAACCA